AAGAAAACAGCUGAUCAGCUGUCAGUGUACACCGACUGUGACUGUCAAGAAAUAAUUAUAAUUAUUUAAUAAAGAAAUAUAUAGUUUUAUUAAUUAUUGUAUUAUAAAAAAGUGUCAUUAGAAAGUUAAUAAAUAAAAAGUUAAACUAUUUGUAAUAGUUAUUAAAUUGAAAAGUAUUGAAAAAUGAGAAGAAAAGCAGGAAUAGGAGCAAUUCAUAAACAAAAACUCGAGCAAGAAAAAUAUAAAGACAAAGGCACAGAGAUACAGGAAAAUCAAUUUGAACAAAUGACCAAACAAAUGGAAACAUUUCGCAUUAAUCUCGAAGAAUUUGCAACAAAACAUAAAACUGAAAUUAAAAAGAAUGCACAAUUUCGUCGGCAAUUUACUGAAAUGUGUGCAUCAAUUGGUGUUGAUCCACUUGCAUCGGGUAAAGGUUUUUGGUCUGUACUUGGAAUUGGUGAUUUCUAUUAUGAACUUGCCGUUCAAAUUGUUGAAGUUUGUUUAGCAACAAAUUACAAAAAUGGCGGUUUAAUAUCACUCGAUGAAUUACGUGAACGAUUAAUUCAAGCACGUGGAAGACGUAAAGAACAUCAAGAAAUUACCAAUGAAGAUUUAUUAGCAGCUGCGAAAAAAUUGAAAAUUUUUGGCAAUGGAUUUUCUGUUGUUCCAAUUGGUCGUGGCAAAUAUUUAGUACAAUCUGUACCUGGUGAAUUAAGUAUGGAUCAUACGGCUGUUUUACAACAAGUUAGUUUAUCGGGAAAUGCUUAUAUUUCCAAAAGUGUAUUACAAAAAGAACUCAAAUGGGAAGAUGGAAGAGCGGAAAAGGCUCUCAAUCAUAUGGUUAAAGAAGGAUUGGCCUGGCUUGAUAAUCAGGGAGAAGAAGAAAUUUUAUUUUGGUUUCCUAGUUUGUUCACUGCUUGUAUUAUGUCGAAAGCAUAGCUAAUAUUUAUAUUAAUAAUUUUAAUGUUAUAUAAAAAAGGUAAGUUUAUUUUUUUUAAAUAAAUAAUACUUUUGAACUGUACGAAAUUGUAUUUUCACAAUAAAAUAAUAAUAAUAAUAA